AUGGGAUCUCAGGCCUCUAUGUUACUGAGGAAUGAAGAGUUGGAGGCAAUUAAAAAGGAGACUGGCUUUUCCCAUAGUCAGAUUGCCCGCCUCUAUAAACGGUUCACUACCUUGGACAAAGAAGAGAACGGAACUCUCAGCCGGGAAGAUUUCCAGAGGAUUCCAGAACUUGCCAUUAACCCACUGGGAGAUCGGAUCAUCAGUGCCUUCAUUCCAGAUGGGGAAGACCAGGUGAACUUCCGUGGAUUCAUAAGAAUCUUGGCUCAUUUCCGACCCAUUGAUGCAAAGAGCAAAGAUGGGAAUGGAUCUGAACCACUCAAUAGCCGAAUCAACAAACUACGCUUUGCUUUUCAACUAUAUGAUCUGGAUAAAGAUGACAAGAUUUCCCGCAGUGAGCUGUUACAGGUGUUACACAUGAUGGUCGGAGUGAAUAUCCCAGAUGAGCAACUGGGCGUCAUUGCAGAUAGGACCAUCCAGGAAGCUGAUCAGGAUGGGGAUGGAGCCAUAUCUUUCACGGAAUUUGUUAAGGUUUUAGAGAAGGUGCAAAUAGAGCAGAAAAUGAGCAUCCAAUUUCUUGAUUAA